AUGACUGAAUCAAACCACAAAAACAGUCACAGGCGGAACAUUAUCGAGGGCGUUCUCGUUUUGGUUACGAGGCUGAGACUUUCAGGGUCUGACGGCGGCCGCCGAUACAGGGAGCUGGAGCCACCACACGCCACCUCACAUAGGGAAAACGCCCACCCAGCAGAUUUUGUCACUCCACCGUGCGAGAAAUUGGCUCACAACAAUACAAGAAAACGAGUUUCAGUAUUACUGUGGUAUUCGGCCUCCGAUAGGUCGGCUGUCGACUUCCACUGCCAUCAUCUAUACGGAAUACUUGGUCCUUCCCAUAGCCAUUACACCAGCCAAAAUAUGGUACAGUAUGCCCGCUCCUUGAAACAACUCCUGAUACAUGCACGUUUCCGCUGUGCAUACCCAGAUAAGCCCCGGAGCACAGGCAAAGAAGACUCUCCAAGCUAUACCACUUCAAGCUGUGAGAACAGUGGACAACCGAGCCGGCUGGUGUUCAAACCACCACGAGUAUACCCCAGAGCUUGGUAA